CAAUGAUACAUUCAGAGGAAGAAAGUUUGAACAGUUUCACACCUGAAUCAGAGUAUUUUAUUCAUUUAUAAAUCAGACAUCAAGAGAACAAUGAUGAAUUAAAGAAUAGAGACAAUAAAAAAUAUGCUAUUAUUGAUUAAUCUGUUCGUAUUUAACUAUUACGUCGUAUACUCUCUAAAUAAUCAACAAUAAAAGAGGCAGCUAAAGAGUUUGGAAUAAAUUUCUCUACAGCCAAAGCCAUAUUAUAAACUUAUCGUAAAGAAGGUCGAAUAGGAAAGAAAAAAACAAGAGAUAGAAAUAAAAGUAAAUAGGAUUUAGGAGAUUACAAUCAAACAAGGAAGAUAUAAUCAAUGUACAAUCUUGAACAACCUUUAUAAAUGAAAUCAAAUUCACCUGAAAAGAGACCUUCACCACCAUCUUUUUAAUAAAAUAUGAUUCCAGUAAUGAGUACUCCAAACCUUGAUAAUACAUAAAUUGCUUUAGCUCUUUGUUAAAGAGAGUUAGCUUAAUAAAAACUGCUAAAUUUUUAAUUAUUGAUGAUGAUCUAAGUAAAAUAGAAUCUAAUUUAUUUUAGAACUUUAAAAAUAUUACACAAUUAUAAGUCAAAGAAGAAUCUAGUAUAAUUAAUUGA